AUGAUGAUGAUGAUGAUGAUGAAGAGAAGCAGACUGAUCCGAGACCAGGCCGGACCCGAGACCCGCACCGAACCCCGCACCAUGCUGGUCCUCAUCGGGGUUCUGCUCUGCUCCGUCCAGUUGGGAGGUCUGGACUCAGGCCUGGACUCGGGUCUGGACUCAGGCCUGGACUCGGGUCUGGACUCAGGCCUGGACUCAGGUCUGGACUCAGGCCUGGACUCAGGUCUAGACUCAGGCCUGGACUCAGGUCUGGACUCAGGCCUGGACUCAGGCCUGGACUCAGGUCUGGACUCAGGUCUGGACUCAGGUCUGGACUCAGGUCUAGACUCAGGUCUGGACUCAGGUCUGGACUCAGGUCUGGCAGAAGCCUGGCACUGCAGGACGACGUCGGCGUUGCAGGUGUCCUUAAACGACGAUGGUUUGAUUGUUGUGACCCUUGAGCGCUCAGACCUUCAGGAGAAUGUCACAGCCUAUGCGGUGCAGAUCUCUGGAGAACCUAGAUGGGUUCUGGUUCCGUUCAUGAACAGCAGCGAGCCCCUGCUGUUCAACGCCUCAUUCCACGGCCUCUGCUACACCGUGGGACUGCUGCUCAAAGUGGGUCUGAGCUGGUCCAGACCCAUCAAGACCAUCCCUGUUCUCACAAAGCCACUUCCUGUCCGCACCGCUCACAUCUCAGACUUCAGUGAGGCUCCAGAGACCGGCGUGGUGUUCGACAUCGACCCUCCGUUCAGAACCGUCUUCAGCAGGGUCAACAUCAGCUACACUGAAGGACAGCAACGCCGCUCCAUGCUUUAUAAAGAUUUCUACAAAGGGAAGACGGUGUUCAAGCACUGGUUACCGGGGGUGUGUUACCGUAACAUCACCUUCCAGCUCAUCUCUGAGGCCACCAUGUACCAGACCGCACUCACCUCCUACAGCGAUGUCGCCCACACUCCUCUGCACCACCGGACAGUUCCGUACCCCCCUCUCAACGUCUCCCAUAAGAUCAUCCACCUGAGCCAGAGGGCAGCAGCUGAGCUCCAUAAUGUGGAGGGGCGCCGGCGGUCCUCCCGUCAGGCCCGGGACCUCCUGAUCAUGGAUGAGGAGCAGCAGGAGACCCAGCCUAAUGGAACGAACAUCUCUGUAGCGGUGGCAACCACUCGCAUGCCUGUCAACACAACAGAAGGCGUGGCUUCCCAUAGCGACCACACUGAGGAGGCGGAGCCUCAGAGCUAUUGGCUGGACCCGACUGAGACAACUCCUGCUGACAGAGAUGAGGAGUUUGUUAAUGCAGUGGUUCCAGAGUACGAGGACUCCAAUGACCUGGGCUCAGCCAUGGGUGAACCCUCUGACCCCCCUGUGCUUCCCACCAGACUGCCCCCCAUCCUGCUGGAGCUGUGCUGGCUCCCCCCCAGACCUCCAACCAGCUUUGACGGCUUCAACGUCUACAUCUUCAGAGAUGGUAACUCUACAGAGACGGCCACAGUGGAUGAGAACACGCACGAGUUUUUCACUGAACUGACAGAACCGGGAACGUACCGUGUGCACAUCACAACGCUGAGCUCGUCCGGAGACUGCGAGGCCCGGGAGAGCAGUGCUGAGAUGGGCUUCAGUUUCUACCUUGGUCCUGACGGUGAGCUGCUGGAGGAGCUGUGGGAGCGUCCUCAGGCUGUCAGCGUUAGACUGCUGGACUCCAGCACUGCAGCCGUCUCCUGGUCUCCGUCCUCCCAGAACCACAACGGCAGUCUCGUCUCUGUGGUGUCCACUACGUGUCUGAAACCGAGCCUGAGCCAGCGGAUGGAGAACACGUACUGCAGCGAGGAAAACUCCACGAGUGACAUCAUCAGCCACCUGACGCCUGGCGCCCAGUACAGAGUGGUGGUCUAUCACACUAAUGGACCUCUGGUCAGUCCUCCGUCAGAGCCUGUCAUCAUUGACAUCGAGCCCACUGGUGUCCGUGAGCUGGCAGUUUACCCUCUGAGCCCAACAGCAGUCAUCCUGAGCUGGCAGCGUCCAUACCAUGUGGCCUUCAGAAAAUACAUCCUGCAGACCUUCUUCUUUAACCCCGUCACGCUGGCGUCCGAGUGGACCACCUACUAUGAGAUCGCUGCCACGGCUUCCGUCAUCGCCUCCGUGAGAGUCACCGACCUGCUUCCAGCCUGGUACUACAACUUCAGAGUUUCCAUGGUAACAUGGGGGGAGCCACCGCUCAGCUGCUGCGAUGGCUCCACCAUUAGCUUCAUCACAGCUCCUGAAGCUCCUCACAUCUCCUCGGUGGACUAUGCUCACGGCGUUGUGUUUGUCCGCUGGACGUACGGCGAGCUCUUCAUCGACCUGUCUCACUCCAGGAUGCUGCACUGGCAGGUGGUGGCUGUCGGGAAGAAGGGACCAGAGAGGAGCUUCUCGGUGGACGUGACCCGAAACGUGAUGCGGGCCAGCCUCCCUCUUCCUCCGGGGGACAUCUACAAUCUGACGGUGACGGCGUGCACCGAACGCAGCAGAAACACGUCGGUGCCCAACAUCAUCAAGCUGGAUCCGGCUCCGCCCAAGUCUCUGUUCGCCGUCAAUGCCACGCACUCGUCGGUGACUCUGCUGUGGACCGAGGACGGGGUGGUGGACUACUACCGGGUCCUCUGCCGACCCAACAAGGACGGGCGGGAGCUCAAGGCCCGUGAGCCGCUCACCUCCACGUCCCACGUUCUGACCGUGUCCGGUUUGGCUCCGUCCACCAGCUACAACUGCAGCGUGACCAGCUUCAGCUACAGCACGCCGAGCCGCGCUGCACAUGUCACCGUCACAACCGCUGCCAAAGAGAUGAACCCUAGCGUUGCCGCCAUCUUGGCGCUCGCUGCCCUCAGUGUUCUGCUCAUCAGCCUGCUGGUUCUGCUGCUGCUGGUUCUCCGCAAGAAGCACCUGCAGAUGACCAGGGAGUGCGGCGCCGAGACGUUCGUCAACUUCGCCUCGUUCGAGCGCGACGGGAAGCUGCCCUACAACUGGCGAAGAAGCCUCUUUGCCUUCCUUACCCUUCUGCCAUCCUGCCUUUGGACUGACUAUCUUUUGGCUUUUUAUAUUAAUCCAUGGAGCAAGACUGCGUUAAAGAAGCUGAAGUUAAGCAGCCCGGUGCAGCUCGACGACUUCGAGGCUUAUUUUAAAGAAAUGAGCAAAGACUCAGCCUACAAGUUCUCGCUGCAGUUUGAGGAGCUGAAGACCGUUGGCCUUGACCUGAGUCACGAUGCUGCGGACCUGCCCGUCAACAGGCCCAAGAACAGAUACACCAACAUCCUGCCCUAUGACUUCAGCCGGGUGAAGCUGAUCUCCAUGCACAACGAUGAAGGUGCGGACUACAUCAAUGCCAACUACAUACCUGGCUACAAACACUCCAAGGAGUACAUCGCCACUCAGGGUCCGCUGCCCGAGACCCGCAACGACUUCUGGAAGAUGGUUCUGCAGCAGAAGUCGCCCGUAAUCGUCAUGUUGACGCAGUGCAACGAACGACGAAGGGUGAAGUGCGAUCAUUACUGGCCAUUUACAGACGAGCCCGUGAUGUACGGCGACAUCAGCUUGGAGAUCUUGUCUGAGAACGAGUCUCCGGAGUGGAUCAUCAGGAAGUUCAGACUGGGAUACGCUGAUGAGACCCGGGACGUCCUGCAUCUGAACUACACUUCGUGGCCAGAUCAUGGCGUCCCCACGGUGAACGCCAUCGAGAGCAUCCUGCAGUUUGUCCACAUUGUCCGCCAGCAGGCCAACAGGACCAAAGACCCCAUCAUUGUCCACUGCAGUGCUGGGGUCGGCAGGACCGGGACCUUCAUGGCUCUGGACCGCCUUAUGCAGCACAUCAGGGAGCAUGAGUUCGUGGACAUCCUGGGGAUGGUGUCCGAGAUGAGAUCCCACCGGCUGUCCAUGGUCCAGACCGAGGAGCAAUUUGUCUUCAUCCAUCAGUGCGUCCUUCUCAUGUGGCACAAGAAGAAACAACAGUCCGUAACCUCAGACGUCAUCUACGAGAACGCCAGCAAGACAUAAAGAGCCGCUGCCACGCACAACAUGGCCGACCUGCUCUCUGUAGAAGACAACCUGCUUCAUCAUCAGAACCAACAACCCGACAGAGAAACUUCUGAUCCAGUCUUUUGAUUUGAAUUGGGUUUAAAGCUGGAGUUCUGCCUUAAUGUUCGACUACAACCCAGAACCAGUCCCAGUCCUGUCUGGUUCUAACAUCCAGAUGCCAUGACACGAUGAUUCUGGCCAUGACUCGGCAGUUUUUCAUUGAAUUUUAGAUUUUUAUUCUCUGGAGUGUCUGAGAAGCACCGGCCUCUUCCUCUGCUGCCAAAUCUUCUUCUUUGGUUCGAUUUUGGGCAUUGAAAUCAUCAAAUCCAGCUUUAAUUUAAUAACGGGUCCACACUGCCCAACGUUCUGAAUGGAUCACACUGCCUCCAGAGAAACCAGCCCAGAGAUGGACAGACGCGCUGAUUCUAGCUGGGGGGGCGGGGCUAACCAACGGACCAGGUGGAACGACCUCAACCUUUCUGCAGAUCUCCAGGAUCGGACCACAAGAUGUUCUGGGGCCUCAUGAGUUCUGAACAAACCAGUCAGAGAUUGGUCCAGUGCAGCUCCAGACUCGUGUCAGGGCGUUGAACAGAAACAUUAUCAAAGACAGUAACAUUCUCUCUGAGCAGCUUGUGUUGAACCUUCAGUCCCAUCCUGAGCAAAGAUUUCCACCUAAAACCGUCACUACAACACGUCAACGUUUUAAGAUGUACCUUUGAAAUGAAAAGCCCCAAAGUGAAUGAUGUGAAGACGUCAUGUGACGUUUGUUAGCCACAACUGGCUGCUGGUUCACUUAGCUUAGCUGCUAGUUACCCCGGUAGUUUGUUUCUCUCACG